AUGAGCCGCCCGUCCUCCGCCGGGCCCGGCGCUAGCAAGCCCUGCGGGAAGCCGCAGCACGGCCCGCCGCCCGCCGCCGCCAUCGCCGCGGCCGGCGCCGGCUCCUCCGCGGUGCCCGCCGCCGCCGCCGUCAUCGCGGGCCCCGGCGCGGCGGGCGGCGGCGCCGUGUCGCCGCAGCACCACGAGCUGACCUCGCUCUUCGAGUGCCCCGUCUGCUUCGACUAUGUGCUGCCGCCCAUCCUGCAGUGCCAGGCCGGGCACCUCGUGUGCAACCAAUGCCGGCAGAAGCUGAGCCUCUGCCCCACCUGCCGGGGCUCGCUCAGCCCCAGCAUCCGCAACCUGGCCAUGGAGAAGGUCGCCUCGGCCGUGCUCUUCCCCUGCAAGUAUGCCACAACAGGCUGUUCGCUGACACUCCAUCACACAGAAAAGCCAGAACACGAAGACAUCUGUGAGUAUCGUCCCUACUCCUGCCCAUGCCCUGGUGCCUCCUGCAAAUGGCAGGGAUCUUUAGAAGCCGUGAUGUCCCACCUAAUGCAUGCCCACAAAAGCAUUACCACCCUUCAGGGAGAAGACAUAGUUUUUCUCGCCACAGACAUUAACCUUCCAGGUGCUGUUGACUGGGUCAUGAUGCAGUCAUGCUUUGGUCACCACUUCAUGCUGGUGUUGGAGAAACAAGAGAAGUAUGAAGGUCAUCAGCAGUUUUUUGCCAUUGUGCUGCUCAUCGGCACUCGUAAGCAAGCGGAGAACUUUGCAUACAGACUGGAACUGAACGGCAAUCGUCGCAGGCUGACCUGGGAGGCAACUCCUCGCUCCAUCCAUGAUGGGGUAGCUGCUGCCAUAUUGAACAGUGACUGCCUAGUUUUUGAUACAGCUAUAGCACAUCUUUUUGCUGACAAUGGAAACCUUGGAAUUAAUGUGACUAUUUCUACAUGUUGUCCGUGAUAUAUUUGUGUAGUUAGUGAAACCUAGGCUGUCUGGACAUAGUGCUUUACAUUUACUAAGAGUUUUCUUUUUGUUCUUUUUAUUCUUUUUUUUUCUUUUUUUUUUUUUUUUAAUGAUCUUCAACUAUGUCUUCAUGUACAUUUAAGUUCCUAAAUAGCCAACAUUUUUAACUUUGGAGAGAAGAUGAACAAGAGUGUCCUGUAAGUAAUAAGAGCAGGAAAAGCUUUUUUAAAAAAAAUCUUGGGUGCCUUAGGAAGAUUCCACACACCUUUUUCCCUCUCUCCCUUUUUUUUUUUUUUUUUUUUAAAGGACUGCUUCCAUUAGACAUGUGGCUUAAGAGACUAGAAGGACUGCAUUCCUGCUUAGAAUGCACCCGAAAGCCCUUUCAGCAGGAAAAACAACUCUUUCUGACUUGCUCUCACCUACAUGCUUUCUUUAAAAGUUUUAGUAGGUGGGAAAGGAAAGACAUCCAAGUAAUUUCUCAAGUCUGAGAUGAGUAGUUGUGGCUCAGAGGGGAACAAUAGGUACUUGAGUGUUGCUCCUCCAUUUCCUGCUCCUUCAUUUCCUUAUUAGAGAGGGAUGGGCAUUGCAUCAUUUACUGUGCUUUUAAAAGAAAAAAAAGGGCGAAGGGACUGGGCUGAAACACUGCAGGUUUUACAGAGUUUGGGAAUUGCUAACUCCUGUCCACUUCGGGAAGUUUGGUCAGCCCAACACAUGACAAAAGUGCUCAUAGCUGGGUGCUGGUGAAAGCAGGAGGCACAAAUCUAAUCUCUCACAAACAGCUAGAGCUGAUAAUACAGAAGUAUAUUCAAGCUGUCUACAUGCAGCUUCCCUUGGAGACAUACUUGAUUGCUUAUUAUUGUAAAAGACUAAUUAGAAUAAUAUAGCAAGAGCUUUACAGCCAAUGUCAUGUCAUUUGCUAUUUAAGUUUUGUUGCCAUAUUUACUUUUAUUUUGUAAUAAAUAUUUUGCAAAAACUA